AUGGAAGAGAUCCCAUUGGGGUCACCACCCAACUCCUCAAGCACAAUUAUUAGGUUCCCAGACGGCUUCACCCACGAACGAGGCACAUGGUACCUGAAAACCCCAAAAAAAUCAACCCUUUGUAUCAGAUUUAGUCUAAGGAAGAAGAAGAAGAAGGUUAAGCAGUUUUCCUCACUCACCAUCUUUGAGAAGCUUCUCCACAGUUACUCAAACAUUUCUUCUCCGUGUAAGUUCCAGCGUAGCUGCAGCGUUCACAGCUCCCACGAGCUUUAUAUGCUGGCCAGUGUCGUCCGAUGUUCUUGCCAUUUAUCCAAACUUGGCCUUUCCCCAUUGUGUUCAUGUCCAAAGCCAAUGGUUCAUUGCCUGCUGGUCAAAGGUUGCUUCUUGGCCACGGAUGCUCCUUCUUUCCAUUCCACGGAGGAACUCCCCGUUAAGGAGGACCUUGUAGGACCAUUUCCAUUUAGACAUGUCCCAUGUUCCGGAGUUGACUCCCUUCAGUGUGAUUGGGCCAAGAACCCCAGUAUUCCAUGUCUCGUAAUGCACACCAACGUUCUGUUAGCAAGAAAGGACCACAAAGCUCAGAACGUAGUCGUUUUUAUGGGACAAAAGCUCAGAGAGGAAGUAGAUAGUUCAUCAAGAGAACUAACCGGGAGACCUGCUGCAAUACUAAACAGAGCAACUGACGCAACAGUAAGAAGAGGGUCUUCACCAGUCGUCAAGAACUUCUCAUCAGCACCGAUCGUAAUGCUGAUUAUAUCCACAAACAGAACCAAUCGUCAGUUCUCCCGUAGAUUUAGUAUGAUACCAGAAAUAGUCCGUCUUGUCUCUGGUGAUGCUGAUCUGUUCCACAAGCCCAUCUUGUGCAAACGACCUGUACCUUGCAACACACAGAGGUCAAUCUCAGUGAUACCACGACUCCUUGCGGAACAACAAGGUGAUGAGGGUGAAAUUACCGUAUUCAUCAAGAGGAGCGUCGUAGUCAUAGCUGGUGGCGAUGAAUUUACCGGCUGUUCUGUCGAAGAGCCACCGUUCUGUAUGAAGCGAGCCACGGAGAAGGCAAUGUCUUCGGCUGGUCUAUAUGGUACUGCACCUCCAAACUCUGUGAACCUGGUGUGCUUCUUGGGUAGUGAAUGGAGCCAGAUAGAAGGAUCCUUCUCUGACCAUUGAUGAUCACAGCUUUAUGAUCGUAUGUGACCACUGCUUUAACUGAACAAAUCAACGAUGAACAACAGAGAACCCCCAGAAAUAUCCAUACUUUAUCGCUAAAACUCAACCCCAUCUCCACUGAUUUGCCAGAUCAAACCUUUGGAUGUUUUUGUUGUGAGAAACUGGUAAAGAAGAUUCCACCGAGUUUUUUUAUGAUGGGUAUUGGGUAUUCGUGGGUAUGGAACUAAUGAGGUUCUUGAAGCUAUUUAUAUAUUAAGGUUUUCACACCUGCUUUGUUUUUUGUUAAAAAGUUUUCUUAAGGUUUUCACACAUGCCUUUAAUAGAAGAAAAAAAAUGUGAAUCUUUAUAAAGGGUAAAAAUAUAUUUUGACAUUACAUUA